AUGACUCAAAGCAAACAUCAGAUCAUCCUUCUGAACGGAGAGAUGGCUUCAGGCAAGAGCACCACCUUGCAAUUUCUGGUUCGAAAAUUGCAACAAGACUCAAGUGGUGGUGAUUACGGAACAUCCACCAAAACCAUUGACUUUGUCGGAUUCAUUCAACCUUCUGUCUUUGCGUGGGACAAUAAGCCACCAUGCACCAACACGAGCAAGACAACGGACACAUCUUGUUCCAAUCACUCUUUGGAGUCUCUUGUGUUGAAUGAGACUCAUCGGAAGGCCAUUGAAAUUCAUUUCAUUGAUUCCUCCAAAGAAGGAUCACAAAUAUUCACGUUGGCCACUCUCAAUCCAGAAUUCAAAUCUCUUGAUCAUGAGCCUUCAUCAAACAUGAUCAAAGUGAUGGAAGAAAAUAUUAAGUCCAAACGUCCUCAACAACCAAGAUGGUUAUUCAACAAUGAAGUAUUUGAAAAGAUCAAAACUCUCAUGCUCUCAAGUAUGGAACACUUGACGAGAAAUGCAUCCAAUUCAAAAAGUGGUGAGAGAAAGAUUGUUGUCAUGGUGGAUGAAUUGGGAUGGUUAGAAAUGGAAGGAAAAGGUCAUUGGCCAACAGUAGAGUUGCUCCUCUCCCAAUAUGGUAAAUUAGAGAAUAUUGUUUGGGGUUUUACAGUGAGAAGCACUUUGCGAGAGGACCACACCCAACGCAUGAAGCAAACCUUCAAAAAUUGUGCAAACAUUUGCGAGGAUGAACUAGAUCUGCACAUCUUUGAAUUGAAAAAGUCAAAUCCAACUCAAGAAAAGGCUGAUAAUUUCGAUCAAGUGUUGGAGCAAGUAUUGGCAUGUAUCAAGAAGAGUGAAUAG